AAUUUAAAAAAAUGGAGGUAAAGAAAGGUCGUCGGCAAGAACGCGUGGUGAGGAGAUGAGGAAGACAAAAACGCGGCCAAUGAAUGUAAAGUCACCGGCAGGUCACGUGUUCAUUGGUCAAACUCCACCUAUAUAUUUUAAUGUUCUUCUUCUUUCUCUUCUGUUUUUCUCCAAACCUCAAACACAAAUCUCUUUCUCUCUCUCUCUCAAGCUCAAAGAUUACUCAUUUUUCCCACCAACAUGAAUGGCAAAGAAAUUCUCCACAAGAUGAAGGUGAAAGCCGGAUUUGGUUCAUCAUCUGAGACAGGAAAAGGCAAAAGCAAACUCUCAAAGCAUAUUACACAUGGUUAUCACUUGAUGAAGGGAAAAUCAAAUCAUGCCAUGGAAGAUUACGUGGUUUCCGAUUUCAAGCAAGUAAAUAACAAUGAGUUGGGUUUAUUUGCAAUAUUUGAUGGCCAUUUGGGUCAUGAUGUUGCAAAUUACUUACAAAACCAUUUGUUUGAAAAUAUUCUGAGAGAGCAUGACUUCUGGACUGAUACAGAGAGUGCAAUAAGGAGAGCUUAUCAUACAACAGAUGCUGAAAUACUGGAAAAAACACUUGUCUUAGGAAAAGGAGGAUCAACUGCUGUUACCGCAAUUCUGAUCAAUGGUCAGAAGCUCGUAGUAGCAAAUGUGGGAGAUUCUCGGGCUAUCAUAUCCAAGAAUGGUGUGGCCAAACAACUAUCCGUCGAUCAUGAACCAAGCAAGGAAAGAAAUAUGAUCGAGAGUCGUGGUGGUUUUGUAUCAAACCUUCCUGGGGAUGUUCCACGUGUUGAUGGACAGCUAGCUGUUGCAAGGGCAUUUGGUGAUAAGAGCCUGAAGAUACACCUUAGUUCAGAACCUGAUGUGGUUGAAGAGACAAUUGAUGAUGAUACAGAGUUCAUUAUUCUGGCAAGUGAUGGGAUUUGGAAGGUGAUUUCAAAUCAAGAAGCAGUGGAUACUAUAAAAGACAUCAAGGAUGCUCACUCUGCUGCAAAGCACUUGAUAGACGAGGCAGUUUCUAGAAAAAGUAAGGAUGACAUAUCUUGCAUAGUUGUAAGAUUUCAAUGAUAAUAUCUAUGGACAAUUAAAGUUUGGAUUCCUUUUCUUCUUGUGAAAGAUUCAGAAGUAAUAUGUUCAUACAUAGCUUUGUUUCCUUUUCAGUUUUAGAGAUUAUUAGAACUUUUGUUGAAUGUACAAUAGAGCAAAUAAAAAAUGUAUGUCUUUCUUGAAA